CUCUUAUAUCUAUUCUCGCACUCUCGAGCGCUAGGGUUUCCUUUCUCUCUCCUCCAUAUCUCAAUCUCGACGCCAUGAUGCAGCAGCCAGGAGCUGGAGGUAUGCCCCCUCCACAGCCACCCAUGGGGCCGCCGCAACCUCCAGCAAUCGCUCCACCACCUCCACAAGGUCACCCUCAGCAAUACCAGCAACCUCCCCCGCAACCUUAUAUGAUGAUGAUGCCUCAACUGCCCCAGUCCCAGCCUCCGCCACCAGCUCUGUGGGCUCACCAGCCUACGAUGCCGCCCGCGGUUGCGCCACCGCAGCUGCAGCAACAAUUCCAGCACGCCCAGCAACAGCAACCUGGUCAACCUGCCAGUGCCGAUGAGAUCCGUACGCUUUGGAUCGGGGAUUUGCAGUACUGGAUGGAUGAGAAUUAUCUCCAUAGCUGCUUCGCUCACACCGGAGAGGUUGUUUCUGUGAAAGUAAUUCGUAAUAAGCAAACUGGUCAAGUAGAAGGUUACGGCUUUAUUGAGUUUACCAGUCAUGGGGCUGCAGAAAGGAUAUUGCAGACAUACAAUGGUACCCCCAUGCCAAAUGGUGAGCAGAACUUCAGGCUGAACUGGGCUUCUUUUAGCGGGGGUGAUAAGCGGGAUGAUACUCCUGACUUCACAAUUUUUGUUGGAGACUUGGCUGCUGAUGUUACAGAUUACCAACUACAAGAGACAUUCAGAGUUCGAUAUCCUUCAGUUAAGGGUGCAAAAGUUGUUAUUGAUAGGCUCACUGGACGCACAAAGGGCUAUGGGUUUGUCAGAUUUGGAGAUGAAAGUGAACAGGUACGUGCUAUGACUGAGAUGAAUGGAGCUUUCUGUUCAACAAGACCUAUGCGGAUAGGGCUAGCUACAAACAAAAAGGCAGUUGCUGGCCAGCAGUAUACUAAAGCAGCUUCAUAUCAGAAUACUCAGACCCAGAGUGAGAAUGAGAAUGACCCAAAUAAUACAACUAUAUUUGUUGGUAAUUUGGAUUCUAAUGUUACGGAUGACCAUUUGAGGGAGCUUUUUGGCCAAUAUGGGCAAUUGUUACAUGUGAAGAUACCAGCAGGCAAGCGAUGUGGGUUUGUUCAGUUUGCUGACAGGAGCUGUGCAGAGGAAGCAUUGCGGAUGUUAAAUGGAGCUCAGUUGAGUGGGCAAAAUAUUCGUCUUUCAUGGGGACGUAGCCCUUCAAACAAACAGCCUCAACCGGAAGCUGCUCAGUGGAAUGCUGGAUAUUAUGGAUAUGCACAGGGAUAUGAGAAUUAUGGCUAUGCCCCUGCUCCUCAGGAUCCAAACGUGUACUACGGAGGCUAUCCUGGAUAUGGGAAUUAUCAGCAGCCCCAGCAGCAGCAGCAGCAGCAGCAGCAAGUGGGGUAUAGCUGAAAAGUUUUGGCAUUCUUGUGCUUUCAACUGAUGAUUAUUAUUAGUGGUGAGAUGGUGGAGUGGUGCUAGUUCCAUCUACUAUAAUGUGCUCUUCGGGGUUGACGAAUCGGCUGUGUUGUUUCUUUGCUAAUAGCAUAUGGCACCUGUAGACCCUUAUUUACUAAAAUUUUGCACAAUUGCUAUCUUUAAUGUGCUCAUGUUAUAUGGUCUUAUUUCUAUAUAUUAUGCUUUGCUUCU